UCCCCGCAGCACCACGAGCUGACCUCGCUCUUCGAGUGUCCGGUCUGCUUUGACUAUGUCCUGCCCCCCAUCCUGCAGUGCCAGGCCGGGCACCUGGUGUGUAACCAAUGCCGCCAGAAGUUGAGCUGCUGCCCGACGUGCAGGGGCGCUCUGACGCCCAGCAUCAGGAAUCUGGCUAUGGAGAAAGUGGCCUCGGCAGUCCUGUUUCCCUGCAAGUAUGCCACCACGGGCUGCUCCCUGACCCUGCACCACACGGAGAAACCAGAACACGAGGACAUCUGUGAAUACCGACCCUACUCCUGCCCGUGUCCCGGAGCUUCCUGCAAGUGGCAGGGGUCUCUGGAAGCCGUGAUGUCCCACCUCAUGCACGCCCACAAGAGCAUCACCACCCUGCAGGGGGAGGACAUCGUCUUCCUGGCCACGGACAUCAACCUGCCGGGUGCCGUGGACUGGGUGAUGAUGCAGUCCUGCUUCGGCCACCACUUCAUGCUGGUGCUGGAGAAGCAGGAGAAGUACGAGGGCCAUCAGCAGUUCUUCGCCAUCGUGCUGCUCAUUGGCACCCGCAAGCAGGCCGAGAACUUCGCCUACCGGCUGGAGCUAAACAGCAACCGACGCAGACUGACCUGGGAGGCCAUGCCCCGGUCCAUCCACGACGGUGUGGCCGCGGCCAUCGUGAACAGCGACUGCCUGGUCUUCGACACGGCCAUCGCACAUCUCUUUGCGGAUAAUGGGAACCUGGGAAUCAAUGUGACUAUCUCGAUGUGCUGUCCGUGAAGCGCCGUGAGCCCCACAGCCGCCGAGGCCGCUGGCAGCGUGCGCUAUGUUUAAUAAAAUUUUUAUAGAUGUUUUA